AUGUCUAGCCAAAGAGUCAUCACGGUUAGGAUUGACACCAGCAGAAAUCGCCGUUCAGAUAGCUCAGCCGAAGAAGAGACCGCCAGCGUUCCCACCGUCCAUGAAAAGGUACCCCCUGUUGAGACCGUUUCCUCUAGCAGCACUGCCGCCACCAGUACUUUGGCAGCUGAUAGUUCCAGCCAAUAUGGUGAAAGCUUCCUGGCCCUUAAAGCCACUCGAAUUGAGAUACAAGAGUCAGAGAACUAUCAUCAGCUCCCGUUUUCGUAUCCCUGUUGGAAGAAAUGGACAAUACUUGUUAUCAUCUUUUUCGUGCAAGUCUCCAUGAACUUCAACACGAGCAUCUACGCCAACGCUAUUGUGCCUAUGGCCAACCACUUUUCAAUUUCCGAAGCUACCGCCAGACUCGGCCAGAUGUCUUUCCUGAUUGCAUAUGCGUUAGGUAGUGAACUUUGGGCGCCAUGGAGUGAGGAACUUGGCCGAUGGCCGGUCAUGCAGCUGAGCUUGCUUCUGGUCAAUAUUUGGCAAGUUUUGUGCGCUCUCGCCCCCAAUUUCUCUUACAUCGUUGCCGGUCGUACCCUCGGAGGUUUAUCCUCAGCUGGAGGCUCUGUCACUAUGGGAAUGAUAGCAGACAUGUGGGAACCAGAUCAGCAGCAGUAUGCAGUCGCUUUUAUCGUUUUGUCUUCUGUUGCUGGCUCCGUCGUUGGUCCUAUUGCUGGAGGGUUCAUGGAAGUCCGCCUCCACUGGCGGUGGAAUUUUUGGAUCCAGCUGAUUCUCGGAGCCGUAGUCCAACUUGCUCACUUUCUCCUGGUGCCAGAAACCCGUUCGACCAUCGUGUUGAAUAAUCUGGCGAAAAAGCAACGGAAAUCAGGUGUUGCGAAUGUUUAUGGUCCGCUGGAGCUUCGUGGUUCCAGCCUCACAUUUAAGGAAGUUAUUACGAUCUGGGUUCGCCCGUUCAGCAUGUUUGUCCGCGAACCGAUCGUCCUAUUUCUUUCUCUCCUCAGCGGGUUUAGUGAUGCCCUAAUUUUCACCUUUCUCGAAUCAUUCCGCCCAGUGUAUAGCCGCUGGGGUUUCGAUACCAUUCAGACUGGUCUUGCCUUUAUCCCAAUCAUGGUUGGCUACUUCCUUGCCUAUUUUUCAUUUUUCCCAGUGAUAAUGAAAGAUAAAAGAGCCAUGGCGAGAAAUCCUGACGGCCUUGACCCAGAGUCACGGCUCUGGUGGCUCCUCUUUACCGCUCCCUUGGAGACGAUCGGUCUCUUUGGAUUUGCCUGGACGAGCAUGGGGCCUCCUGCGGUGCAUUGGUUCGCCCCGAUGUUUUUUUCGAUGCUCAUUGCGAUUGCAAACGUUAGUAUCCAGGAAAUAUUACAUUAUAAGAUAUACUGCUAAUUUGCACUACGUUUAGUACUGCAUUUACAUGGCCACCAUUGAUUACAUGGUCGCAAGCUAUGGCCCAUAUUCCGCCUCAGCAACAGGCGGCAACGCCCUAGCGAGAGACUUUCUAGCAGGCAUUGCUGCUCUCUAUUCCACGCCAAUGUAUCGAAGCAUCAAACAUACGUAUCACCUCGAGAUACCCUCCACCAUUUUAGGGUGCAUAUCUUUUCUUGUCACUGUACCCAUCUACAUCUUCUACUGGAAAGGUCCUCAAAUUCGUGCAAGAUCCAAGUUUGCACAGGGUGUAGCUCGUAACAGAAAUGAACUUAAGCAUCGCCGAGCUAUCCACGAAAGAAGUUCAGUUGAUGCUGGGAAAUUGACUGAUGUUUAGCCACCACUUGAUCUUCUAAAAUGUCAAGGGUGAAGCAGGUGCCCAUUACUUGCUUGCUUGACAUUCUGUCACCGAUGCAAUGGUUGAUUGACUCGGGUCCAGUGACGAUAUGCAUGAGCAUACUCGAACAGCGGUUACCAUCAUAUUAUGUUUUGUUUCUUCGUCCUUGUUUUAUUACCGUGUAUAAUAUUUGGCGCCUGUUCCCGUUGUACUGCGCUGUCUUUGCGUUAACUUAUGGAUAAAACAACUGUCUCCUGAGCUGAGGACAGGAUGUUUGCGUCCCCAAUAAAUCCUUUCGUUCGAGCCAUAACAUUUCAGGGACUUUAUUCAAUUAAUUCGCUGUUCUCAAAAGAAAAAAAGCUGUUUGAAGAAAGGAAUACACAAAUAAUUUCGGAUGACAAGUGCCCCUUAAGAAGGUAUUGAAAUAGACAAUCCAUCAGAACGCCUUAGACA